AUAAGAAUUUAUUAGAGAUGGGAAUAGAAAAUUUUAAGAUUGUAUUAGAUAUCCCAAAUGCUGUUUACUAUGCCGGUUCUGUAGUAUCUGGAAAAUUACAAUUUCGUUUGAAUAAACAAACACAAAUAAGAGGUGUAAAACUUCAUUUUCUUGGAGAAGCUAAAGUUUCGUUCAAGAGUUUAUAUAAAACAUCCAGGAGUGGCGAAAAUCCGAAACAUGAGGUGGUUACCUUUUGUGCUUCUGAAGAAUACUUUUCCAUAAUGUACUACCUCCUGGGUAGCUCUAACAGUGAAAUGCAGCUACUGCCAGGAGAAUAUGUGUAUCCAUUUACCACGACUCUGCCGACUAUACUGCCUUCGUCUUUUGAGAGUGAACAUGGCAAAAUUCGAUAUUUCAUUAAAGCUAAAGUAGAAAUCCCCUGGGGUGUUGAUUUCAAAGUGGAGAAAACAUUCAGCAUUAAGACUAAUGUUGAUCUCAACAACAUCGCAGAAGCUAAGAAGCCAAUAAAACGACAAGUGGAAAAGACGUUCUGCUGCAUGUGGUGUCGCUCGGGCCCUCUGACGAUGGUCCUGAACUUGCCACAAGCUGGAUAUGUGCCAGGCCAGAACAUCCCUGUGAUCCUGGAGGUGGACAAUGCAAGUAACGUGGAUGUAGACAAUGUUGUCAUAAAGUUACAGAAGGUUAUCAAAUGGAAGGCUAGUGUACCUGAGAGUAAAACGAAGACAGACAUUGUGGACCUGGUGGAACUCUCUAUUGGCGGUGUCCGCGGCAAAGGCUCAAAGACAUUCACUCAACAAUUUUCAGUUCCUGUGGUCCCUGUAUACAGCCUGCACCCUUGUUCCAUUAUGACAUGUGACUAUAUUUUCAAGGUGAAAGCAGAAACAGGUAGCUGCCAUGUUAAUCUGACCCAAGAAGUGCCUGUGUUUCUGGGCACUGUGCCAGUGUACAAGAAUGGAGAAGCACCUCCUGUAGAUUCCUCCGAAUCAUUACAACAGUCUCACAAAGCCACUAUGCCUAUGACACAACCACCCUUCAAUCCUUCCAUGCCAACAACACAACAGCCAUUCAAUCCUUCUAUGCCGACAGCACAACAGCCAUUCAAUCCUUCUGUGCCGACAGCACCACAGCCAUUCAAUCCUUCCAUGCCGAACGCACAACAGCCAUUCAAUCCUUCCAUGCCGACAGCACAACAGCCACUCAAUCCUUCUAUGCCGACAGCACAACAGCCAUUCAAUCCUAUGCAGACAGCACAACAGUCAUUCAAUCCUUCUAUGCCGACAGCACAACAGCCAUUCAAUCCUUCUUUGCUGACAGCACCACAGCCAUACAACUAUGUUAUGCCGACAGCACCACAAUCAUUCAAUCCUUCUACACCGAUGGCACAACAACCUUUCAACCCUUCUGUGCAGAUGGCACAACAACCUUUCAAUCCCUCGAUGCCGAUGACACAGAACUCAUCUGAUCCUUUCCAAAUGCCUCCUUUCAAUCCUCAAAUGUAUGUGGCACAAUCUACCUCAAAUCCUUCAGCAGAAUUUUCCUCCAGCUAUCUCACUCCCUUGUUGCCAAAACCAAUCAUGCCCAUGACUCACCCACCCAAUCAGGGCGGCAGGACCCAAUAAGGACUUAUUACUGAUGCUCAAACUGUUGCUCCUUAAAUCACGGAUGCCUUUGGAUGCCUUGAUUUCUGUAAUAUGUAAUUAAGUGCAUACUGGAAUGAAAGAUUUCCUAUAAGUUAGAGUACUUGAAAUGCUGAUUCUAUGAGGUUUGUUCAAGAAGUAUAAAGAUUGUGUUUUUAUCUCUAGUGAGCAUCAACUUUCAACUUAGUUCUUUCCUGAGCUAUUUACCUAAUUUUGUGAAUCUAUGUUAAUUAGUUCUGAUUUAACGAUUAACAGAAAUGUUUUAUUUUAGUGCACAUCAGCAUGUUCUUUCUGUUUUGAUGUUGUUCUAAUAUUAUCUAAAACUUGUAAGGACUCUACGAAAAGUUAAUACUAUUUUUUAGUCAAAAUUCUAUAAGUAGUAUGCAAGAGCUCUAGAUGAAUGAAAACUUACAAGAGGCUUGGCAAAGUCACAGUAAAACGGAUGUAAUAUUGGCAGUUUAUUUUAUUGAUAAGACAUUAUUCUUUAUAAAUUUAUCUCUGUGGAACAAAAGUCAGUUAUGGAUACUAUACAAUUUUGUGGACUAUAAGACACGGAGAGACUAUUAGUUGAAAAAGGUAACAAAAUUAAUGUAUUAAUGCAGAAUCUGCCAGCUGUCAUAAUAAUAGUAUGACUUGUUCAAUAUUUUUGGCUAAACUUAAAUAUAAAUACUAUUUAACUCACCCAGUAUUUCUACUUGCGACUUUUUUGUUCUCAAAAGUUGAACGUUCACUAAAAGUUCUCAAGUUUCAAUGUGUUGAGGAAAUUCACCUAAAUGCAACAGAACAUUUUCUGCAGUUGUACAAAUUUAAAUCACGGUUUAAGCAAUAAAAACUGCACUGGAUUUUAUGUGGCAUCACAGGAGUACCUAAGUCAAACCGUUCAUUCAUAAUUAUUUCAGUCCUGAUACUUUUUGAACAGAACUCGUAUAUUGCAGUAUCAAAAUAUGCCCGUUCGAUUUGAACUGACCACUGGUGUGGGAAUUUGUUUCUUCAUCAUAUACAUAUUAGCCUAUAAUCAGUGUCAUAGUUAAUCUAGUCUUUGGUAAUCAAUAAAACUCGCAUUGUCAUAUUUUGUUUAUGACAUCUUUACUAAUCGAAUAAUUUUAUAGGAACUUAAAACCAAAUGUUGCAAUGGGAAUAUAAGGUGUAUUUUUAUAAGUAAGUACUGUUUCAAUUUAACAGUAUAAAAAAGUCACUUUUUGUAAAAAUUGUAUUUUUAUAUGAAAGCAUAUACUUUUGUAAAUAAUUGCAACCAAUAUUAACUUUUUAUAUAAAACAACAACCUUUUGUUUAGUGUUUUGAUAGAAAUUUGAUAGAAAAUAUAUUAGAAUACAAACAAUCAUACUAUUUGGAAAUAUUGGUAUUUUACAAUUCAAUUUACUGUACAAGAUGUUUCUUCAGCCAUUUUUAUCAACAAUACACACACUAUUGUGGUGUCAGUAUUUAAAUUGUAUUUUUAUAAUUUCCCCAGUUACUUUAAUAAUGUUGUUGAAUAAAUUUAUCAUACUGAAGUAAUUUUUGGUAAGUGAAUUUUGAAUCAAAAGUUUUUGUGAUAUUUCUGAUAGUUAGUGCAGUAUAGAUAAAACUGAUGUGUUUAAUCAAAGUAUUACUUUUUACUUGAAUGAUUACUUGAAUGAGUGAUUUAACGAGAAAACCCAGCAAUAUUUUACGUUAAUUUUAAUGUCAUGUAAUAUUUGUCAGUGUAAUAUAUAUAUAUAUAUAUAUAUAU